AUGGCUGAUGCAAUUGUAGAGCGUAGGCCAACUGUUCGCUUCUUCUGCCACAGGUGUCUUGUUGAAUUUGAAGAUGUUCUGCAGGACUAUAUAUGCCCCUAUUGUGAAGGUGGUUUCAUAGAACAGUUAGAAGAUACAGAAGCCUUGACAUUAUCCGGAGAUGAUUACAGUGAUGCUGAUAUGAGUAAUAUAGAAGAUAUGAGCAACAUUGAGGAUAUGGGGAGCUUGGACGAUUCAGAUGAGGUCCACAGAGUGAGAAGUACACCAUUGAAUGACUUAGCGUUUUUAAUGUCCGGCAGUCGAAUACGAGGUGCAAGUUCUAACGCAGCGAACGGCGCGUCAGGAGCUUCAGGCAACACAGGCACAGCGCGGAGGCCUACCCUCAUGGAGGAACUAGUCUGGAUGAUCGGGGGAGGGAGGCCACCAGCCGGAGCCAUGACUGCUGGGGCACCCUUUGUGUUGGUUGGAACACCUGGGGACUAUGUGUUUGGUGGAGAUGGUCUAGACGCGGUGGUGACACAGCUGCUCGGGCAGCUGGAGCACUCGGGCCCGCCGCCGCUGCCGCGCGAGCGCCUCGCCACGCUGCCCACCGAGCAGGUCACGGAGGAACAGGCUAACGCCAACGCCGCGUGCUCGGUGUGCUGGGAGAACUUUCAAUUGGGUGAAACAACAUCCCGUCUGGAGUGCGAGCAUGUGUUCCACCAAAGCUGCAUCACGCCCUGGCUCCAGUUGCACGCGACGUGUCCCAUCUGCCGUCGCUCCUUGCUGCCCCCCGAAGAGGCUUCCACCACCACUGCAUCAGCCACCACCACUACCACCACCACCACCGCCACGGCCAAUACCACCACAGCUCCAACUCCUGCAACCACCAUAGCAGAGGGUCAGAUAGGGAUAGGCCCCACUAAUACUAUCGGUGAAGGGCAGAUACGGCGGAUAUCACCACGAGUGGUCAUACGUCGAGCGACUGGUCGUCAUCCAAGUGUAUUCAGACGGUUCCAGUCUCAGUGGGACUCAAUCAACGAUACCAGUACAUCAUCAUCACCAGCUUCCUCCAUCACCAGUGGAGGGGUCUGGGCACCGCAGAACAGAUCGAGCAGUUCCACGGGAUCCAACUCUUCGCUAAAUAACGAUAGGGACCGACAGUACAAUACAGAUAUGGACUGCGAU